CUAUUCUCAUAAGUUUGUUCAUAAACACAGAUCGCCUAUACUUUUUCUUUUCCGGCAUUCUUAGCCGGAAUAUCGACUAUACAGUACCUUACGGAAGCAGAACAUCACCUGUUUAACAAGCGUAAGCAUCACUUAAAAAAAAAAGAAAAAGCGCUCAUUUUACGUUUCGGAAAAAUAUAAAAAUAUCGUCAAUGGUUUUUUUCUACGUUACUGGAUUAUGGGUCUAAGUUGAAUCAAAUGGGCCUAAUCCAUAUCCAAACUAAAAAAAAAAAAUCUAUCGCCAACUUUCCUAAGGCUCAUUCAAAGAACUCUGUGUUCACAUUGGGCAUUUUUCACACGUCGCAACGCAUUUUCGGUUCUUAAUUUGCUAAACAACGGAAGAAGAAGAAGAACACAACAAUAAAUAAUUGUAAUCUAAUUUUUUGCUUGUGAACUACUUGUAUUCAAAAUAAUGUCAUUUGAUACGAUACCCAAGGAUUUGCGAGGCUUGCGGGCGUGCUUGGUAUGCUCCUUGGUAAAAACCUUCGAUCAAUUCGAAUAUGAUGGCUGUGAGAAUUGCGACGACUUUUUGCGCAUGAAAAACAACAAAGAUAAUGUUUAUGAUCACACUAGCAACAAUUUUGACGGAAUUAUUGCCUUAAUGAGUCCCGAAGAUUCGUGGGUAGCGAAGUGGCAAAGAAUAGGGCGCUUUACAAGAGGAAUCUACGCGAUAUCAGUCAGCGGAAAUUUGCCCCAAGCCACUUUAAGAGAAAUGAAGAGCCGUGGAAUACCAUAUAGACCUAGAGACACUAGUCAACGUUAAAUUUCGCUCAUUUUAUAUGCAAUUUCAAGGCUGACGAUAAAUUUCCAUCAGACUAAGACAACGUACGCAUUAUUUAUAAAAUUUCCUUUUUGUCUUUAUUAAAUAA